AUGGUCAUCCAUUGUAUAGGACCGAUUGGUACUGGACACCCAGGAGAUGGUACUGGCCAACCAGAAGAUGGUACUGGACGCCCAGGAGAUGGUAUUGGACACCCAGGAGAUGGUACUGGACGCCCAGGAGAUGGUACUGGACACCCAGGAGAUGGUACUGGCCAACCAGGAGAUGGUACUGGACGCCCAGGAGAUGGUACUGAACACCCAGGAGACGGUAGUGGCCAACCAGGAGAUGGUACUGGAUUCCCAGGAGAUGGCAUUGGCCAACCAGGAGAUGGUAUUGGACGCCCAGGAGAUGGCACUGGUCAACCAGGAGAUGGUACUGGACGCCCAGGAGAUGGUACUGGACACCCAAGAGACGGUAGUGGCCAACCGGGAGAUGGUACUAGAGACCAAGGAGAUGGCACUGGACCACCCGGAGACGGUACUGGACACCCAGGAGAUGGUACUGGAGACCAAGAUGAUGAUACUGGAGACCAAGGAGAUGGUACUGGACCCCACGGAUACCAUACUGGACGCCCAGGAGAUGGUACUGGACAAGGAGACGGUACUGGACAAGGAGAUGGUACUGGACAUGACAAUGGUACUGGAAAACCAGGAGACGGUAGUGGAAACGGGGAUGGUACUGGAAAACCAGGAGACGGUACUAGAAACGGAGAUGGUAGUGGAAACGGAGACGGUACUGGAGACGGUACUGGAAACGGAGAUGGUAGUGGAAACGGAGACGGUACUGGAGACGGUACUGGAAACGGAGAUGGUAGUGGAAACGGAGACGGUACUGGAAACGGAGAUGGUAGUGGAAACGGAGACGGUACUGGAGACGGUACUGGAAACGGUGACGGUUCUGGAAACGGAGACGGUACUGGAGACGGUACUGGAAACGGAGAUGUUAGUGGAAACGGUGACGGUAGUGGGAACGGUGACGGUACUGGAGACGGUACUGGAAACGGAGAUGGAAGUGGAAACGGAGACGGUACUGGAGACGGUAGUGGAAACGGUGACGGUACUGGAAACGGAGACGGUAGUGGAAACGGUGACGGUACUGGAGACGGUACUGGAAAUGGAGAUGAUAGUGGAAGCGGAGACGGAAGUGGAAACAGAGAUGGUAGUGGAAACGGCAAAGGGAAACCAGGUGACGGUACUGGAAACGGAGAUGGUAGUGGAAGCGGAGAAGGUAGUGGAAGCGGAGAUGGUAGUGGAAGCGGAGACGGUAGUGGAAACGGUGAUGGUAGUGGAAAUGGAGAUGGUACUGGAAAAACAGGAGAUGGUGAUAACGAUAGAAAAGACGGUAAAACCAAAAGUGCUACUGAUGAAGAAGAUCCGAGGAAUGGUAUACCAGGAUUUAUAGAUCCAUUUUUUACGCACCAUAAAGGCAAACACGUUGCUUUCGUUAUACCCAAUUUAACUCACGCUUUGAGAAAGCACAUACCCGGACAUGAACAUGACACAACAAAACAGUCCAUUAAACCAACGACCCCUAUGCCAAAUGUUAUGGCUUCAAAACCAGGAAGUGGUAAUUCGAGACCAAUGAAUGGUGGAAGAUCGCCAUUUGGUGGAGGACCAAGAUCGGGCUACGGAAUGGGUCAACCUAAGUAUAUACCAAGGAGACAUCCAGUUGCUCAACCGAGAUAUAAUCCACAUUACGGAUUCGGUGGACCAUCAGGAGGGUAUGGAUCAGCUAACAAACAUAGAUUUGGUUCAUUGAGACGACAAGGGACAUAUAAGUCAGACUAUGGAAAAUAAUAAAACUGUCACUAGAUAGUUGAUUUAAAAUCAAUAAAUUA